AGCAAGAAUCCUUCUAGAAACAACGCUCAAUGCAUAUCAGCGCACACGCAGCGCGGCAUCAGACUGAAAUUAAAGUUCAUUUUCAUCACUUCAGUUAGAAACUGCAGAAGGUAGUUUUCUAAGGUUUCUUCAGGACAGCGAUGGACAUCAGUGAGAUGAUCGCCGGUCUCGAGAGUGAUCUUAAAGAGAUCACGAGUGUGCUGGAGAAAUGUGAACGCCAGCGCGUGCGGGAUGUGUUAACGCAAGAGCAGAAGAAGAUCGAGAAAGAGCUGGAACAGAAACGACAGCAGAAACUGCAGCAAGCCAAGAAAGACUCUGGAGACAAAACGGACACAACACUCAAAGGAUACACAGUUAAGAUUAAUAAUUAUGGAUGGGACCAGUCUGACAAAUUCGUCAAAAUCUACAUCACACUUAAAGGUGUACAUACUAUUCCAGCUGAAAAUGUUGAGGCCAACUUCACAGAGAGAGGUUUCAAUGUUCUGGUCAAAGACCUGGAUGGGAAGAACCAUCAAAUGACAGUCAACAACCUUUUAUAUCCCAUUAUUGUAGCAGGGAGUAGUAAAAAGAUCAAAACAGACAUGGUCCUUAUUAUGUGCAAGAAGAAGGCAACAAAAAAGUGGGACUGCUUGACACAAGUAGAAAAACAGUCUAAGGAGAAAGACAAACCCAACUUGGAUGCGAAUGCUGAUCCAAGCGAGGGACUGAUGAGCGUCCUGAAGAAGAUCUACACGGAUGGAGAUGACGAGAUGAAACGCACUAUCAACAAGGCCUGGGUUGAGUCUCAGGAGAAGAAGGCCAAAGCAGAUGACUUUGACUUUUAAGCCAUCUUACUGAUCUGCUUUUACAGUGAAGCAUUCAAAUUCAGCUGCUGCAUACAUGCCAUUCCAAUUCAAUCAAUUGUUUUAUAUAUUUUUUACUUUUUUCUGUUGCAUGGAGCUGUUAUUGAAAGUUUUGUUUCAUAAAAUGUUUCGCUUCCCACUGUAAUUGUGACUGCGUUGAUCAUUUUCACUUGUUCCUUAUGUAUUCAGGUAAACAAAUGUUCAUUUGUUCAAAUCUUCAAAGGUGGAUUUUAGAUCAAUAUUAUUCUUGCACUUAAGACCAAUGUACCUGAACUCUGGUCAAUUUAAAUAAAAGAAGAAAAUUUCA